CACACGAAGGUCUUUGGAUAAGGUGACGUCGAAGGCUUGGAUCGUUGACGAAUGUGGGAACUAUCAAGGCCUUUUUUCUGAAGCGUUAACUCUCAGCAACUUGCCACAGUGGCUCGGUUCGCUCAGAGCCGUUCUUUUUGAAUCCAGCGUAUUGCCCACAAAUCUCUGCUCAGGUCCCUGCUCGAGCCACGAUCUCGACAGGCGUGAUAACUAUCAGGUUUGUCGCGAUAUCCGGCCCGAGGAAACGGGCUGACUCGGAAACCGGGAUCGCUACAAACAGUCGACAAGACGAGCCGAACACUGUCAAUCGGAGGCCGACACACCUCGUCGGUCGCAUCAUCCGCGUUUGAGUCUCUGCCGAUAGCUCUACGGAUUGCAUCAUGAUUCGACGCCCUUCGGUUCGGCCCUCGCUCCAUCUCGGUAGCAGGGUGGGCCUCGCGGCUCGGCAUUCAGCUGGAGUGGAAGAUAUUUAGCGCACGCCCUUUUGUCGACUCAUUAAAGGCCGCGUUAUUGACCGUGAGAACUUGACACCCCGUUGAAAGCGGAUGCGCUGCUUGUAUUUCUAUACCUCUAUCUUCUCCUCGAGACAACCCGCCAGAACGAUGUCCAGCGCCAGCAACACCAAGAAACCGACGCUGCUUUAUGUCGGCGAACCGAUCCGUGGACCUAACCGCGAGAGAUGGGCCCGAUUCCGCGAGAACUUCAACAUCCUAACCUAUACACGUACUACAAAGGAAGAUCUCCUCGCCUCCUUGAAACCUGGUGGCAGGUACUCCCAGAUAGAUGGGAUCAUUCGGCCCUGCAAUACCGGUAAUAACAACCUCCCGCGCUUCAAUAAAGAAUUCAUUUCCCAUCUUCCUCUGUCGCUGAAGAUUAUUUCAUCUUCGAAUCACGGCUAUGAACGAGAGGACACGGAAGAACUUGGUCGUCGAGGGAUAUGGUAUUGUAACGGUGCUGGAGCAGCGAACGACUCCACGGGAGAUAUUGCAUUGCUCCUCAUCAUAGCUGCAUUUCGCUAUACCAGCUUUUGCGAGAAUAACUUGCGUACAACUCGCAAGGGAGACUACUUCGCCGUAGAGGACGCGGUGGCCCCAACCUCGGUCAAUCCACGCGAUAAGAUUCUGGGCAUUGUGGGUAUGGGAGAGGUCGGACGUGCGGUUUCUGUACGAGCAAAAGCGCUGGGAAUGAAAAUACAUUACUUCAGUCGAACACGAAAGUCGCCGAAGGUAGAGCGAGAAGCUGGUGUCGCGGAAUAUCAUGCCACGUUAGAGUCCCUGCUAAAGGUUGCGGACUGUGUGCUGCUCGCAUGUCCGCAUUCCCCAGAGACGCAUCAUCUGUUAAAUAAAGAUACUUUCAAGUUGAUGAAAAGAGGGGUGAGGGUAGUCAAUGUUGCCAGAGGCAAGUGCAUUGAUGAAGAAGCAUUGGCAGAUGCUAUUGACGAGGGUAUCGUCGUGGGAGCUGGUUUAGAUGUCUAUCAUGACGAGCCCACCGUCAAUCCCAGAUUACUAGAUAACUGGAAAAUCACUUUGCUGCCGCACAUCGGCGGUGCAUGUCUUGACACGCAUCUCAACUUUGAGAGAAUAGCAAUGGACAAUAUCGAGGCAUUCUUCCGGGGAGAUGGGAAGCUAUUGACACCUGUAAACAAUGUCACAGGGCCACGCCUCUAACACCGUAUAUGGAUUUCUUGUGGAUAUAAUGACCCUGAAUGGAUUCUGUCUAUCUCUAAGGCCAAA